AGCUGCGAAGUGCAGCCUUUCAUUGAAUUAGUAUUUACUGUAACGGUGCCUUCCUCUGUGUUGCCGCGCACGUUUCUUUCGUUUUUGUUUAUUUAUUGAGGCUCACAAAGCGGCAGCAGCACAGACGAGAGCGGCCACCCUCUCCAAAAUCCAACAACAGACUCUCUUAUAAUUAACCUGCACCUGCUCAUGGCUGUUCUUUUAAAAUAGAAAUAAUAAUCAUACACUCUCCACAGCACAAAUAACCUUUUUGAACUUGAUCUACACUCCUCCCUUCUUUGUUAGAAUGACUUCCAUUGUUUCGCCCUCCUCCCCCUCCUCCUCCUCCAAUGGAGUCAGUCAGGCUGCCGGUGCACCGGUCGAAGUGGCUUCCAUGUUCUACACCGGCAUCAACGAGCCACGGCCGACGGCGAUGGACUUCUCCUUCAACGGCCUGCACUUCGCCUCCGCCCACACCGACGACGCUUUGCGACUAAUUGACGUGGGCAGUCUCAACCACACCGACACCGUCGUGUGCGACGCCUUCGGGGUGCACAGUGUGCGCUACACCCACUCCAGCGCCGUCGUCUGCGUAGCCCCGCGCUUUCACCUCGACGGCCAUCUGCACCUCCUCAACACGGAGACGGCGCAGUUCUUCGCAGAGAUGGCCUACCUGAACGACACUGAGGCCGAGAUCCCUGCCGUGGCGAAUGCGCCGGUGUACUCCACACUGACGCAGUGCCCCGCGACCGACGUGAUCGGAGCCGUAGUGUCAGCGAAAGGCCGCCUCGCGCUUUUCCACCCCCUCAUCUCCGGCUGCAUCGCCGCGACAGCCGAGCGCACCGUGGUGGGUCCGAAGACCUGUGUGCAGUUCAGCAACGAUGGCCACUCCAUCGCGGUAGGCGACGAUCACCGGCUCGUCGUGCUCGACCGUCGAUACUUGUUUCGUCCGGCGGCGGUGACGCAGAGGGAGAACAAGCACCUCUUCUCCGCCUAUUCCCCGUUAACCCGCUGCAAAGGCGUUGAGUUCAGCGCGGAUGGCGACCACAUGCUUGUGACGUCCUCCAAUGGUGAAGUGGUGCUGUAUGACUGGAAGCGAGAGGAGGUGCAGGUAAACUACUUCCACGGAGACGCGAAGCGGCACUUCGUGGGCACCGGUGACGCCAUCGGCGCGCAGUUUGCGUUGCCGGGUCAUGCAGACUCCCCCAUUCUGCAGCCCACUUCCUUCAUGAAUGGAGGGCGGCACCUUCUCGUGUACGAAGGGGGAGUUGGCUCGUCUGCACCGGCAGCGGCCACGGUAGAUGCACCUCGGCAGGGGCGUCUGUUGUACGAGCUGCAGUCGAAGGACAGCGACGUGUCGGUUGCCCUGGCGGUGAACCCUCGAUUUCAGGUUGCGGCGACGGCGGCGCGCAGCAUUACGUGGUGGGCAUUUCAUGAACGAUCUGCUGAUGCUCCAUCGAAGGAGGUGCUCGGUGCGUCCUCCUAA